AAAACUCAAACACUUUCAGAUCCUCAUCCAUCAUUUGACUUCUUCCUCCUCCAAACUUCCCAUGCACAUUUAUACACACACACACACACACCAACUGCAGAACAAACAUCAGAAAAAAAUCAAUCUAAUUAAUUAUAUUUCUUCUCCAAGGAAAAUGAAAGGAUUCUGUGGUGUAAUUCCUGCCAAAAGAAGAAGAAGAAGAAUGAAGCGGAUUCCGGUGGGGAUAAUCGACAACCUCGAUGCAUCGCAUGAAGGGAUCAAAACGGUUGAACUGAUGAAUCGACGUUGCGAUUUCUCAGACAGCUCGGAUGUUUGCGUGUCCAUAAUCACUUGGAACAUGAAUGGGCAGGUGAGGUACGAAGAUGUAAGAAAGCUGGUGGGGAAGGAGAGGAAGUAUGAGUUAGUGGUAAUUGGGCUGCAGGAAGUGCCCCGCACGAACAUCUUGGUCUUAUUGGAGAAUGCUCUACUUGAUUCCCAUGUGCUCUUAGGAAAAGCAAUCAUGCAGUCUCUGCAACUUUACGUGUUUGGAUUGAAGAACUCGGAACAGUAUAUAAGAGAACUAAAAGCUGACAAACAAGGCGUGGGGGGAUGUGGAGGAUUAAUCAGGAGAAAAAAAGGAGGCGUGGCAAUUAGAAUAAACUACAAGGGUAUACACAUACUCUUCAUUUCUUGUCAUCUUUCUGCUCAUGGUCAUAAUGUGGAAGAGAGGAACUCAGAGUUGAGGCAUAUAUCGCAGUCAUUAUUCUCAAAAAGCUGGAACCCAUACGCCAAACCACCCCAAGUCACUGUUUGGUUGGGAGAUCUCAACUACAGACUUCAAGGAAUUAACACUUUUCCUGCCAGAAAUCUCAUUCACAGAAACCUUCAUGGACUUCUGACUUGCAAAGACCAACUCCUGCAAGAAGCAGAGAGAGGACAGGUGUUCAAUGGAUACUACGAGGGGACAUUAUCAUUCAAACCAACGUAUAAAUACGACGUGGGGAGCAGCGAAUACGACACGAGUGAGAAGGUAAGAGUUCCGGCAUGGACGGAUCGUAUACUGUACAAAGUGGAAGACAAAGACAACGUUGAUGCAUGUUUGCAUUUGUAUGAAUCGGUCGACGGAAUUUACAGCUCUGAUCAUAAGCCCGUCAAGGCUCAUCUCUGCUUAACACUCAACGAAUCUUGAUCAUUUCUUGGAUUUUUCAUAUUUUUUAUUUAAAUUGAUAUUUCAUCUUAUGUUAUGUGAAAAUAUAUGUAUGCCACGUGUAUAUUUUUGCUCAUUUAUUUAGCGAAUGUAAAAUGGAAUAUCAAUUUGAAAUUGAGGUUGC